AUGGAAUCUCCAACACGCGUGCUUGUGACGGGUGGAAGUGGCUUCUUGGGGGGCCACGUUGUCCGACAACUCCUUCACGACUCUACGACUACCGUUGCCAUCACCAGUCGCCAUCCAAAGGUUCCUGUCGAUGUUUCGGAUGAAUCGCGCAUCUCUCUCCUUUUACUUGAUCUUACAUCUCGAGAUCAAAUCGACCAAGUCUUCCAGAAAUUCAAGCCCCAUGCGGUUAUCCAUACUGUAUCCCCAUCAUAUCUCGAUACUCGACAAGCAUUGAUCAAAACCAAUAUCGACGGUACCAAGAUCUUGCUAGAAGCCGCAAAAGCUUGUAGUCACACGCAAGCCUUUGUCUUCACUUCAUCCAAUCAGGCUGUUGUACCGACACAAGAACCUUUGUCGGAAGAGAAUGCUCAACUAUAUGACGCGACCAAUGCACCCAAUGCCUACGCCCUGUCAAAAGGACUGGCCGAAAGACUUGUCAUUGCUGCAAACUCGGACGAGUUGUACACCUCUGUCAUCAGAAUCCCUGGUAUUUAUGGCGAAUAUGAUACCAACUUCAUCCCUCAGUUGAUGUCGAGCAUGCGAAAGAAGGAGCAUAAGAUGCAAGUUGGCAAAGACGAUAAGCUUUUUGAAGUCUUAUAUGUACGAAAGGCAGCAGAGGCGCAUUUACUAGCCACGAAAACUCUCCUCGAUCCUUCAAGUCGCGACCGAGCCGGUGGCGAAGCAUUCUUCAUCUCUGAUGGAAAACCACAGAAGUUCUUCGACUUUUGUAGGAGAUUUUAUGCUGCCGCCGGCAACCCUGUCAAAUCAGAAGAGGUGACGCGUAUUCCUCUGUCUGUUAUGCAGUCAAUGGCGUCGACUACCGAAUGGUUGUACUGGGUUUUCACGUUGGGCAUGAUACAGCCUAGUUUACGAAGGAUUAAUAUGGAUCAUCUUGAUACAGGUUGUUGCUGGUCUUUGGAUAAAGCGAGGAAGAUAUUGGGAUACGAGCCUGUUGAAGAUCAGGAUAAAGCAAUCAAGAGUACAAUGGAGUGGGCCAUGAAGGAAUUAUAA